CCCAUGGAGAAUAACACGGAGGUGAGGGAGUUCAUCCUGCUGGGACUGACCAGCGCCCCACAACUGCAGCUUCCCCUCUUCAUAAUUCUCAUCUACCUCAUCACUCUGGUGGGGAACCUGGGGAKGAUCACGUUGAUCCUGCUGGACUCCAGCCUCCACACCCCCAUGUACUUUUUCCUCAGUCACCUGUCUCUGGUGGACUUUUGUUCCUCCUCAGUUGUCACUCCCAAGGUCAUGGCUGGGUUGCUGAUGGAAGACAAGGUCAUCUCCUACAAUGCUUGUGCUGCUCAGAUGUUCUUUWUUGCAGUCUUUGCCACUGUAGAAAAUUACCUCCUGACCACAAUAGCCUAUGACUGCUAUGCAGCAGUGUGCMAGCCCCUGCAUUACUCCACCAUCAUGACAAACAUAGUAGGCUGCUAUGCCAUUGGUUUGCUGAAUGCUUCUAUGCAAAUUGGAGACACGUUCUGCCUCUCUUUCUGUGUGACCAAUGUGGUCCAUCACUUCUUCUGUGAUAUCCCUGCUGUCAUGACUCUAACUUGCUCUGAUAAACAUGUCGCCGAACUGAUUCUUGUUCUUAUGUCAACUUUUAAUGUCAUUUUUGCAUUUCUUGUUAUCUUGAUUUCCUACGUGUUCAUAUUCAUCACCGUUUUGAAGAUGCACUCAGGUAAGGGAUACCAGAAGGCUUUAUCCACCUGUGCUUCUCACCUCAUUGCAGUUUCUAUUUUUUAUGGGACUGUCAUUAUCAUGUAUUUACAGCCAAGUUCCAGUCACUCCAUGGACAGAGACAAGUUUGCCUCUGUGUUCUACACUAUGGUCAUCCCCAUGCUGAACCCUGUGGUCUACAGCCUGAGGAACAAGGAGGUCAAGAGAACACUCAAGAAGGUUGUUAAAAAGGCAAAAUCUUCUCUAGGUUUAGUUCCUUAA